CCUAUGGGACAGUAGGGGAUCACAAGACUUCAGCUGAAAGAGAAUGUGUUGUUUCAUACUCCACGUACGAGUCAACUAGGCUGUUUUGAGCGUUUUCGCUUCACAUGUGCGUGCAGUAGCAGUGAAAAUCGCGUGCAAUUGUUUUGAAAAAACGCCAUUUUGUCUAUAAGCCCUCCAUUUCCAUUUGUCGCUGCUUUCGUUUGCACAAGGAUCUACCUCUUGACUUGAAUAUCACUGGAGUGAGGUCAGCAUUGCAUGACUCAAUCGUGGAUAAGCAUGCAGUCAUUUCUCUACUGUUGCAUCGGACCUUGCAGUUGUUCUUAGGGCGACCUGAAAACAUAAGAUCAGACACGGUUGUCUCUGAUGAAUGAGCAACGGGUAUCCUACCAACUUAUCCCUACUUGCCAUCCAAGGAGUUGAAGAUUUGGCAGAGAAGAAAGCAAAAACAAAACCAAAUGGACGUGUUUAAGCUACACCGUACUGAAACUGAAAUUUCUGCACAAGAGGUGCUGCAAUUUUGUAUUUUAAAGUGUACUUGCAUUGAUACCAUGUUAAGUAGGUUUGGAUGACCAUUAACUGGCAUACAACCGGUCAAGGGUUCUUUAAGGACGAUACUCUAAGACUCUUCAUUAUAAACCAGAGAACACCUUGGUGUGGUUUGGGGAAUUGAACUCUUGUCUCCUCAACUGCCCACUCCACCACUCCCCAGAACUAUAUUCAUGAACGUCAUGAGUUUGCAACCUCAACCGAAACCAAACGCAAAGAGAACAGGCAAACGUAUCACUUUCUUUAACGAUCAGGGUGUGGCGAUGAAAGAAGCCUCUCAGCAUACAGGGCCCUACUAUGGCGUUGGGGUCCCACCUUCAGGGCCAGGCCAUAAUGACAGUGGAGGUGUGGAAAGCUUCAAUCCAGAAGCAUCACGCAUAUACCAUAAUUCGGUUAUUUUCAGCCCAGAGAAGGGUGAUCAAAGCCGUGGGCAUUACCAACAGACGAUGCCCAUGAAGUGGACACAUCAAGACCCAUCUCUGCAGCCCCAACCACGACCAAACGCUUGGCCACAGGGUGUGACAGCUUGGUCCCAGAACUUUGGUCCUUAUCUGGCACCUCAAACUGCUUUUGCAAAGCAAAUGCACGAGGGUAUAUCAGUUCAACAACAGCAGCAGCAAUCUGAGCCAUCAGCUAUUAGGACAACUGAGAAGCAGGCUAACAUGACUGGAGAGACUUACAGGGAUGCAACUAAACCUGUCCGGGGCAUGGGGGAAUGGGAUCAGCAGCAAGCCUUUCAGCAGACACAAAAGCCUGGAAUGUUAAAUCCACAGCAGCAUGGACAGUCCACCACUGGGAAUUCUGUGCUGCAACCCUUUCAGUUAGCGUUUGGACAGCCCAAGCAGAACCUAGUAGCUGGUUACUAUCAAGUAGUCCAGGGCAGUCGGACUUUACCGAAUUUGAACUAUAGUUCACAGACAAAUUCUCAACAUCAGCUUCAGCAACUACAGCAACAGGAGCAACAGCAAAAGAUAAUGCUCCAACAGCGGCAGCAACAGAUAGAGCAGCAGAUACGACAACAGGCGCAGCAGCAACAACAGGUACUUCAGCGUCAAAAACAGCAACAACAAAUACCACAAUCACAGUUACUGGAACAAGCACAUAAAUUAAAACAGACUCAACAGCAGCAUAUGCAGCAGAUUCAGACACAACUGGAUUUGGUGCAGCAGCAACAAAAAUCUGAGCAAUCUCAUCAGAACCAACAUGCAUUGGGAGUUUACUCUGAUGGCCAGCAGCCACAUGCUCCUUCGCUUAAUCAGCAUCACCCUUCGUUAUCAGGACAAUCCCAGGAGACUACAGAUUCUUCAUCAACCCAGGCACAGGACUCGGUUCCCCAGGCUGCUGCAACUGUUCCGCAGCAAACCAUCGAGACCCAACAGCCUGGACCACGGAGAUCCCGUCGGCUUUCAAAAGAGGGUGGAGGACCUGCCUCAGACAACCCAUUUGUUAUGCCGUCUGAUCUUCAUGCUCAAGGUUCUCAGAAUGGAGCUUCUGAGACCACUAUGGUGCAAGACAUCCGGGCGGCUCCAACUGGUGUAAUUCAGAGCACUCGGCGGAAGAGGAGGGUGUCACAAGAGGCCAACCUAGAAACCCUGGCUCAGAAGGCUUCAGAACGAGAAUCUCUUCCCUCACGUAAUAUCAAGCAAGAGCCACACAGGCCUUGGAGUCCACCUGUUGUCCCGACAGGUCCUGGUCGAGGGGCAGCUGAGGUGGAUCAGGUGAGUGCCAAGCGGCCCAGAGACGACAGCCUCAUGCCAUUGGUCAUUCCAGUCUCUGUGCCAGUGAGGCAGACUGACUCUGCGUCCCCGGAUCAUGAGCAAGCUUCCCUCUCCGUGAGCUGGCCAUCGCGGCCUCCUGACAUGAGCUGCUCCAAUUACCAGCCCUCUGUGAUUGUUACACGACGGCGUUCGCUGAGGAACUCCCCGUCUGAGAGCAUGGGCCAGAAUGGUGAAGCCGAGAGUGGGAGUGAAGCUGACAGCAAAUCAGCCAAAGCCAAACGACGGCCUCGUCCAGAACCGCUCUUUAUCCCCCCACCCAAGCUUGGCACUUUCAUCGCCCCACCGGUCUACUCCAGCAUCACACCCUUCCAGAGUCACCUACGAUCUCCUGUCCGAUUGGUCGACAACCCCCUCAACAUGCCACCUUACACUCCUCCGCCCAUCCUCAGCCCGGUUCGAGAGGGUUCGGGUCUUUACUUCUCCACGUUCUUGUCGGCUGCGGCUGCAGCAGCUGCUGCUAAUAAUCAGGUGCUGCCCCCGCCUGCCACUCCCAAAUCAGCCACCCGCAGCCUCCUGCGCUCAAACAGCAGCGAUAUUACCCCUCCAGUUCUCUCAGCUAUAAGUGAAGCUACACCUGUCAGCAUUGAGCCUCGGAUAAACAUUGGAGUGCGGUAUCAAGCGGAGGUCCCCGAGCUGAGAGAGCGAUCGGCAGCGCUGCACGACCUACACAAGGCUGAACUGGUGUGGGCGCCACUGCCUGACCUGGAGGCCAGUGCUCAGCAACAGCAAAGAGUGAAUGACCUCAUGCACCUGGCCUGUUCAAGUGCAUUAUUCGGAGGAGGGACCAAUCAGGAGCUGGCCAUGCACUGCCUGUAUGAGUGCAAGGUUGACAUCAUGUGGAUGAAGGGUUUGUCAAAUGAGUUGAAAUAUGUGAAAGAGCAGUUUGCUUUUGAGACUUUUGAGGUGACGUCUGUGACUGGAAAUAUCAGUUCAGGAGAACACCUUGGUGUGGUUUGGGGAAUUGAACUCUUGUCUCCUCAACUGCCCACUCCACCACUCCCCAGAACUAUAUUCAUGAACGUCAUGAGUUUGCAACCUCAACCGAAACCAAACGCAAAGAGAACAGGCAAACGUAUCACUUUCUUUAACGAUCAGGGUGUGGCGAUGAAAGAAGCCUCUCAGCAUACAGGGCCCUACUAUGGCGUUGGGGUCCCACCUUCAGGGCCAGGCCAUAAUGACAGUGGAGGUGUGGAAAGCUUCAAUCCAGAAGCAUCACGCAUAUACCAUAAUUCGGUUAUUUUCAGCCCAGAGAAGGGUGAUCAAAGCCGUGGGCAUUACCAACAGACGAUGCCCAUGAAGUGGACACAUCAAGACCCAUCUCUGCAGCCCCAACCACGACCAAACGCUUGGCCACAGGGUGUGACAGCUUGGUCCCAGAACUUUGGUCCUUAUCUGGCACCUCAAACUGCUUUUGCAAAGCAAAUGCACGAGGGUAUAUCAGUUCAACAACAGCAGCAGCAAUCUGAGCCAUCAGCUAUUAGGACACUGAGAAAGCAGGCUAACAUGACUGGAGAGACCUUACAGGGAUGCAACUAAACCUGUCCGGGCAUGGGGGAAUGGGAUCAGCAGCAAGCCUUUCAGCAGACACAAAAGCCUGGAAUGUUAAAUCCACAGCAGCAUGGACAGUCCACCACUGGGAAUUCUGUGCUGCAAACCCUUUCAGUUAGCGUUGGACAGCCCAAGCAGAACCUAGUAGCUGGUUACUAUCAAGUAGUCCAGGGCAGUCGGACUUUACCGAAUUUGAACUAUAGUUCACAGACAAAUUCUCAACAUCAGCUUCAGCAACUACAGCAACAGGAGCAACAGCAAAAGAUGCUCCAACAGCGGCAGCAACAGAUAGAGCAGCAGAUACGACAACAGGCGCAGCAGCAACAACAGGUACUUCAGCGUCAAAAACAGCAACAACAAAUACCACAAUCACAGUUACUGGAACAAGCACAUAAAUUAAAACAGACUCAACAGCAGCAUAUGCAGCAGAUUCAGACACAACUGGAUUUGGUGCAGCAGCAACAAAAAUCUGAGCAAUCUCAUCAGAACCAACAUGCAUUGGGAGUUUACUCUGAUGGCCAGCAGCCACAUGCUCCUUCGCUUAAUCAGCAUCACCCUUCGUUAUCAGGACAAUCCCAGGAGACUACAGAUUCUUCAUCAACCCAGGCACAGGACUCGGUUCCCCAGGCUGCUGCAACUGUUCCGCAGCAAACCAUCGAGACCCAACAGCCUGGACCACGGAGAUCCCGUCGGCUUUCAAAAGAGGGUGGAGGACCUGCCUCAGACAACCCAUUUGUUAUGCCGUCUGAUCUUCAUGCUCAAGGUUUCUCAGUGGAGCUUCUGAGACCCACUAUGGUGCAAGACAUCCGGGCGGCUCCAACUGGUGUAAUUCAGAGCACUCGGCGGAAGAGGAGGGUGUCACAAGAGGCCAACCUAGAAACCCUGGCUCAGAAGGCUUCAGAACGAGAAUCUCUUCCCUCACGUAAUAUCAAGCAAGAGCCACACAGGCCUUGGAGUCCACCUGUUGUCCCGACAGGUCCUGGUCGAGGGGCAGCUGAGGUGGAUCAGGUGAGUGCCAAGCGGCCCAGAGACGACAGCCUCAUGCCAUUGGUCAUUCCAGUCUCUGCAGUGAGGCAGACUGACUCUGCGUCCCCGGAUCAUGAGCAAGCUUCCCUCUCCGUGAGCUGGCCAUCGCGGCCUCCUGACAUGAGCUGCUCCAAUUACCAGCCCUCUGUGAUUGUUACACGACGGCGUUCGCUGAGGAACUCCCCGUCUGAGAGCAUGGGCCAGAAUGGUGAAGCCGAGAGUGGGAGUGAAGCUGACAGCAAAUCAGCCAAAGCCAAACGACGGCCUCGUCCAGAACCGCUCUUUAUCCCCCCACCCAAGCUUGGCACUUUCAUCGCCCCACCGGUCUACUCCAGCAUCACACCCUUCCAGAGUCACCUACGAUCUCCUGUCCGAUUGGUCGACAACCCCCUCAACAUGCCACCUUACACUCCUCCGCCCAUCCUCAGCCCGGUUCGAGAGGGUUCGGGUCUUUACUUCUCCACGUUCUUGUCGGCUGCGGCUGCAGCAGCUGCUGCUAAUAAUCAGGUGCUGCCCCCGCCUGCCACUCCCAAAUCAGCCACCCGCAGCCUCCUGCGCUCAAACAGCAGCGAUAUUACCCCUCCAGUUCUCUCAGCUAUAAGUGAAGCUACACCUGUCAGCAUUGAGCCUCGGAUAAACAUUGGAGUGCGGUAUCAAGCGGAGGUCCCCGAGCUGAGAGAGCGAUCGGCAGCGCUGCACGACCUACACAAGGCUGAACUGGUGUGGGCGCCACUGCCUGACCUGGAGGCCAGUGCUCAGCAACAGCAAAGAGUGAAUGACCUCAUGCACCUGGCCUGUUCAAGUGCAUUAUUCGGAGGAGGGACCAAUCAGGAGCUGGCCAUGCACUGCCUGUAUGAGUGCAAGGGUGACAUCAUGGGAACCCUCACACAUCUGUUAUUAAAAAAAAACAUCUUUUCCAAAUCGCACCCUCUGGCUGACUACCACUACUCUGGCUCUGACUGCUGGACGCCAGAGGAGCGACGGCUCUUUAACAAAGGCAUCGCUACUUACAAGAAGGACUUCUUUAUGGUCCAGAAACUGGUGAGUUCCAAGACUGUGGCUCAGUGUGUGGAGUUUUACUACACAUAUAAGAAGCAGGUGAAGAUCGGCAGGAACGGCACACUUGUAUACGGAGAAACAGAGCCACUCGAGACUAAACCCACAACAGAGGAGGAAGUGGACAACAAAAGUUCACAGAAACUUGAAUCACGGAAAGAAGACGAGGAGAGCAGGAAGUGGGAAGGGCCAUGUGACAGGAAGCAAGAAGACAGCCCCGGCAGGGUGACACAAUCUCUACAGGCCACCGAAAAUGCUGCUGCCGUCUUGGUCUUGAGUCAGGAGAACAGCACUAGACAUCCGUCCACUUUGGGGGUCAAUCAUCCUCCUCAUCCACCUCAACCACCAUCCAAACCUCGCUCCGACACUGCGGCCAGGAAAACUGGGCCCAGCAAUACAGGAAAGGGACAAACCAACCAAGAGGGCGAAUUCCCCUGCAAGAAGUGUGGCAGGAUCUUCUACAAGGUGAAAAGCCGCAGUGCCCACAUGAAGAGUCACGCCGAGGCGGAGAAGAAAGCGGCGGCGCUUCGGCUGAGGGAAGCCGAGCAGCGGGCAGCAGCCGCCUUGUUAGCGGCCCAGCAGAACAAGGGGAUGGCAGAUCAGGGCAGAGGCAGGAGAGCCAGUAGCGACGACUCUUCUGAUGAAGACGAGGAUGCAGAUGAUGAAGACUGGCGCUAGCUAACAAUCCCCCUGCGCACGACAAACAAAAAAGAUAAAAAAAAACAUAUUUAUUUUUACCUUACCAGCCAACAAGACCCAUCCCAAAAGAACAGUUUCAGGGACUGGCUCACUCCCGUAUAAUGUGUGUGUGUGUUACGUCUGUAUGAGGCGGAUAAAGACAGAGACCGAUGCUGUAGAGGCAUUCAGGGGCUUCAUGUUCAGAUAUAGGGCUAUUGGGAGUGUAAGCCAUGCCAUCUCAGUGUGAAUGUGUGUGUGUGUGUGUGCGCGUGUGUGUGUGUGUAAAAUGCACUUUUGGACUCAUGGACACACACUGAUCUGUGCACAGAACUCACUCACAGUUCACUGCUGUGAAAUGGACGCCGAAGGACACAAAAGCAAGUGUGUGUGUGCGUGUUUUCUCCUCCUUUUUCGAAACGAAGAUAUCUUUUUCUUCCACGUGACUGACUGCCAAACGCUUGCACAACUGUGCUUGUACGCCUGGUCUUGAUCUCCAGUGCUGUAAUUACGGGCUUUCUGUUUUUGAGCAUCUUAAAGGUAUAGUUCAUCCCAACUGGAAAAUUCAGACAUGACUCACCCUUACGUCGUUCCAGACUACUACUACUUUUUUUUUUUCGUAGAACACACAGAUUAGCAGAACGUUCAUGUUGUUCAGUGCCAUUCAUCGCAAAUAUAACCCUUUUCAUCUUCAAAAGAGAUGUGCGCCAUUAGAAGUGCUUCAGAUAAUUAAGCAGUUUUUCAAAUCUUUUGAGGCCACAAAGUCAUCUUGACAUAGUGUUUUAACUGAAACUAUCAAAAGAGGAUGAUUAUGGUUGGUUUUUCUUUUAUUAAUAGCUUUUUGUUAAAGAUUUCAAGAAACAUUGUGCAUGUUUUAUGCAACACAGCCAAACAAAACUGGAUUUUAUUUCAUUGUUGCAGUCGUGCAUAAUGAAUAAUCAGUCCAAAAUGUAAAAAGGUUUCUUUUUGAAAUAACAAAGUCUUAAAAUUGAGUGCUUAAAUAGAAAUAACGCUUCAGUUAAGUAUAAAUGUUAAUUAAAAAAAACAUCCAAAUUUGCAAAUCGUGGAAAAAAAGGUUGAGUUAAAAAUAUGUGCACAAGAACAAACUGAUAAGUAUUAAACAAGCAUAUUAUAGUAUGCAAACAUACAAAAAACACUGCCAUGUACUGCAUUUCGAUAUUUGUGUACAGGCAGACAUAAAAGCUAUGAUUUAUUAUUUGUUGAUAAUAAUAUAAUUGUAUAAAGUCAAAUAAAUGCAUUAUUGGAGCACCAGAAAGCUUUAAAAAUGGUAAACAAUUAGAAUAAACCACUUUUAUUGUUGCUUGUUUUUGUUUUUCCAAAGCUUGUAGGCCCGGUAGUUGGAAAAGAGCAGCUUGAACAUUCUGCUUAACGUCUUAUUUUUUCUCAAUCUCAAAAUAGGCAUUUGGAAUGAUCUAAUGUAAGGUGAUCAAAUCUAGAAUUAUUUUUUUAUUUUUGGAAUAAACUAUAAAAAUUAAUUGAGUUAAAAAUCAAUUUUAAAUCAUGGGGGGAAAGGUUGAGUUAAAUAAUAUAUGCACAAGAAUGAUCAAAUAAAUAUUAAACAAGCAUAGAAUAGUAAGUAGUCAUACAAAAAACACUGCAAUUUACCACGUUUAGAUAUGUGUGUACAGACAGGGAUGAAAGCUAUGAUUUAUUAUUUCUUGAUGAUGAUAAAAUAUAAAUAUUUUUAGUCAAACCAAUGCAUUAUAUGAGCAUCAGAAAGUAAAGUAACUUUAAGUAAGUUUUUUAUGUCUUUCUAAACCUUGAAGGCCUGAUAGUUAGAGAGCAGCUUGAACAUUCUGCUUAACUUCUUAUUGUUUCCCCACUCCUAAAAAAUAGUUUGGAAAGGCCUAAGGUGAUUAAAUCUAGAAUUUUCCUCAUUUUUUGGUAUAAACUAAAUCAUGGGAGGAAAAAUGUUGAGUUAAAUAAUAUAUGCACAAGAACAAAGUGAUAAAUAUUAAACAAGCAAAGUAUAGUAUGCAAUCAUACAAAGACACUGCAAUUUACUACAUCUAGAUAUGUGUGUACAGGCAGACAUAAAAGCUAUGAUUUAUUAUUUGUUGAUACUACUAAUAAUAAUAAUAAUAAUAAUAAUAAUUAUAUAUAUAUAUAUUAAAUAUAUAUUAUUUUAUUAUUAUUAUAAUUUUUUUAGCCAAACAAAUGCAUUUGAGCACCAGAAAGCUUUAAAUAUGGUAAACAAUUAGAAUAAACCUCUUUUAUUAUUAUUUUUUGUCAUUGUAAAGCUUGAAGGCCCUGUAGUUGGAAAAGAGCAGCUUGAACAUUCUGCUUAACGUCUUAUUUUUUCUCAAUCUCAAAAUACGCAUUUGGAGCGAUCUAAGGUAGUGUUUCUCAACUACGUUCCUGGAGGACCACCAGCUUUGCACAUUUUUUUCAUGUCUCCUUAACCAAACACAUCUGAUUCAGAUCAUCAGCUCAUAAGCAGAGACUGAAAGACCUGUAACGAGUGUGACAGACAAAGGAGACAUCCAAAACAUGCAGUGUUGGUGAUCCUCCAGGAGCAUGGUUGAGAAACCCUAAUCCAAGGCGAUUAGAUGAUUCUAGAAUUUUCCUCCUUUUUUGGGAUGAACUAUUCCCUUAGUAUAAACUGGUGACCUCGCUAAUGCCUUCGAUGUUUUCGACACUUUCUAUCUUUACAAGACAAUCACUUUUACAAACGUUCUUUUAUUUAUAUAUAUAUAUAUAUAUAUAUAUAUAUAUAUAUAUAUAUAUAUAUAUAUAUAUACAUACAUACACAUACAAUGGUUGUCCUUGAUAUAAUCAUUGGCUGUUAGUAUCAUUGCUGUCACUAUCAGCUUUGUAUUGUUUUAUUAUUAUAAUUAUUAUGUUAGGGUGGGUGGGGGGUUUGGGUGUAAUUCUUUUUCUCAUUUGACUUUUAGUUUUGCUACCUGCGUUGAAGUUAAAGAUGACAAACACUCGCUGAGAGCAUGAUUAUAUAUGAAAAACACACUGUAAGUGCAAUAUAGCAAUAGCGGGACUCGUGUUGAGUUCCCACCCACUCGACGACUUAUUUGAUCUCCUUCUCAGCUUCUUUGAACAAAAAAAGUAUUAGAUAAUCAAGUUAUAUUUUAGAACAAGAACAAACGCGAGCGGUUGGUGAGUUUUAAGGGCAGUUGUACAGUAGAAGCAGCUCGGGUUUCAGUCUCUCCGCUGGCCAAACACUUAAGCACUUGGCUUCGUUUCUAUGGCAGCAAAGAGUCUUCUUUUUAAAGGAGAGACACACUGGGGAUUCACCGCCAACAGUAACGGCUCCAAUUAUUGCUGAUAACACACAAGUCUUCUAUGCAGCGUGCGUAUGUGUGUGUGUGUGCGUGUGUGUGUGUGUGAGAGAGAGAAAGAGCGUAUUCAUGUGUUUGUUUAUUUUGCAUGCGUGGUUGUAUGUAGGUGAUCACCGAUACUCAAAAACUGUUCAAACUCAAAAGCCAAGUGAGAAAAAGAAGAUAUUUAAUGUCUUUUUCUUAUUUUUUGAAAAACAAAUAUAAAUAUAUAUAUAUUAUAUUCUUGUUCAUAUAUGUGAAAAGACUGAUUCGCUCGAAUAUGAAGAUAUGGGCAUUUUGUUGAAAUGGUUUAGCCAAGCUUUUUGUUAUAGUUGUCGAUGUUGUGUUUUGUUGUUGUUGUUGAAAUAUGAAUUGGAGGGAAUUGUAAAGGGUCAACCUCCCAUUUCUGUCUUUUUAUUCAGCCAAGGGAAAUUUCUUCUGUAGAGGAAUGUUAAGUAUUCUAAAGGCUUCUUAAGACUGUAUAUGCACACUUUCUAUGCUAUUUUCAUAGGGGCUUGUACACUAAUGACGGCUGUGGAAAGAAACUCUGAAGUGCUUUUUACUACAGUGUAACUUAUUGUGUUUCAGUUGUGUUUUCCUCAUGUGUUUUAGAAUAUAAAUAAGGAAAAACACAAUAAACAUGAACAUUUGUAACCGUA